CCGCGAUCGUCGCGAGCGUACGCGUAUUUUUAUUCGGUUUUCGUUCACACGUACGCUACUCGCGUAUCGUACGCCCACGCAUAUAAACGCAACCGACACGUUCGAGUACUCGAGGAACCCCCGUUUGCGAACGUCCCUUCGCCCGAUAGGGGAUGCUCCGCGAGAAACUUUACGACAGCACGCGUCGUGGGGAUACCGAGAUUUCAAAAGAAUGAUCGAGAAGGACACCCGAAGGAUGCCUACUCGAGAAACAUCCGUGAGUGGGAAUCGAGUCACGUGACUGUUAUCUACUUGUCGGAUACAGAUGAGACAGGAAAGAGCGGGUGGAAUUCGUAAAGAAUGAAGGGACCGUCUUUCAGAAAGUGAGCGUCGGAGUGAUAUGAAUGAAUACAGGAUCCUUCGUGACGUUAAACGAUCGAGCCACGACCUCGCCGAAACAAAUACCGUCGAUUAACCGGCACGCGAUACAACGGAAACACGAUUAAAACGUAGUGCGUCUUUUUUCCCCGUUCAACGAAGAAACCGACGGUGCUCGCGGGAUCGCGUGAAAAGCAACGAAACUGGAUACAGAGGAGGAAGAGAACCGGAUUGAAAGCGGAAGCGGUGUCAGAAAAAUGCAGUGCCACGUCCUCGUCGCCAUCAUCGCUUUUUUCGACGUCGUCCACGCUCAAGGGGGCCCGCGAACAUUUUCUGCUAGGCCUUACCGAGGAGGGCCCACCGUAGCGACAAGAGCAGUUAUUCAGGGUACAGCGGAGUUGCCGUGUGACAUACGUCCCCCGCGACAAAACGACUCCGCAAUUUUGGUGGUCUGGUACAAGAGCGACAUCACGCCUAUUUAUAGUUAUGACAUGAGAGGCAAACAUUCCGAGAAGGCUUCUCACUGGAACGACAAAGAUCAUUUGAACGACCGGGCGUUCUUCAGGACGGUCACGGAACCGGCUACCUUAAAUAUAAAUCACAUCGAGGAAAAGGACGAAGGUGAAUACAGGUGUCGAGUGGAUUUUGCCAAGAGUCCUACCAGAAAUUCAAGGAUUCAUCUCACGGUCAUAGUGCCACCGCACAAACCAAACAUUAUCGACGAACAUGGGAAAACCGUGCUGACAGUGGCAGGCCCGUACGAAGAUGGGGGAACUAUGAAAUUGCAAUGCCUUGUCUCCGGAGGUCGUCCCGAGCCUAAAGUAAGAUGGUGGCGCGGAGAAAUGCUCCUGGACUCCAAAGACGAACCAGGAGAAUUCCCUGCUCUUCGUAGGAAUACUUUGGUCGUUCAACAUCUCUCAAGAGCCGAUCUUCACGCGGUAUUUACUUGCCAAGCAUCCAAUAACAACAUCAGUCAACCUGCAUCUGCCUCCGUGGCUAUCGAAAUGCACUUAAAACCGCUAAGCGUGACGAUAAUGAGUAGCGAGCAUGCGCCCCUUAGUGCUGAUCGAAAGUAUGAGAUAAACUGCAUGACCGUUGGUUCGAGACCACCAGCUAAAUUAUUCUGGUACAUAGAUGGAAGGAAAUUGACCAACUACACGGAAAAGAUAUCCGAAGACGGAAACAUGACCAGCUCCACGUUAAUCUUAAAGCCAACUUUACGUGAUCACGACAAACAAGUAACUUGUAGAGCGGAAAAUACCAACGUCCAAGGAGGCUCCAUGGAAGACACAUGGAAGCUAAAUGUUUUCUUUAUUCCAAUUUUGCACCUGGAUCUUGGAUCCAAUAUGAAUCCAGACGAUAUCGAAGAAGGCGACGACGUGUAUUUUGAAUGCAAAGUGCAUGCUAAUCCUGGUGCCUAUAAAGUAGUAUGGAAGCAUAAUGGAAACGUGAUUCAGAAUAAUGCAAAGAAUGGCGUGAUAGUGCAACAGUAUGGCUUGGCUUUGAGGGAAGUCAAUCGCUCCCAGGCCGGAAAUUAUACUUGUAUUGCUAGCAACGUUGAAGGAGACGGUUACAGCAACAACGUCGAACUUAAAAUUAUGUAUAAACCUAUUUGCGUGCCAGAUCAGAAACGCAUUUAUGGAGUGACUCGUCUCGAAGAUGCUCGAAUAGCUUGCAGAGUCGAGGCGUAUCCUCCUCCGGACAGCUUUCGUUGGACUUUCAACAAUACCGAGGAGAUGGUUGAUGUACCCCAAGCGCGUUACAAAAACUCCACGAGGCACACCGAGAGCGUUCUCACGUACAGGCCAGUCACGGAGAUGGACUAUGGCACAGUAUUUUGCUGGGCUAGUAAUACCGCUGGUCAACAGAAGAAUGCCUGCGUAUUUCACAUUAUUCCUGCUGGUAAACCCGAAUCUCCAUACAACUGUACACUGUCCAAUCAAACAACCAGGUCCCUCUCAGUCGAAUGUUUUGCUGGUUUCGACGGCGGUCAACCUCAACAUUUCCUUCUCGAGGUCUUCGAUCAACAAACGGGAAGACUCCAAGCGAAUCUGACAUCCAGAGAGAAUGCAGCCUUCACUGUUCAAGAUUUAGAACCGGGCAGGGUUCUCAAUAUGAUCUUGUACGCUGUAAACGCAAAAGGAAAAAGUGAUCCUACACUUUUAGAAGGAUUCACUCUUAAGGUUGCGGAAAAGCAAACUGUACGAAUUUUGUUUACAGGUACCCCGGUACCAUUCGAGAUCACCCCGUUAUUAGGGGGUUUGAUCGGAGUGGUUACCGCAUUGCUUUUGAUAACCAUCACUAUUCUAGCAGCUAUGAAAAUCAGAAGUGAAAGAAGGACUCAAAGGCCGAGUGAUUUACCGUUAAAAAAAAGCACCGCGCCUAGCUCCGAAGAUCUUUACGAUACUGACGACAGAAAUCCAGACGUGGUGCCAGUAAACAAAGGUUCAGAUUACCAAUUGACGGGAUCAAUGUCUGGCACACCUUUGGCUGCGCAAAAUACUCCAGAUAGACUUCCGCCAGCUUCGCUUUCCAUUCAACAAGUAAACCAUCUACAAGGAUUCCAGCCAUAUACGCACGACUAUAAUAAUUAUCCAACUUUACCAUUAUCCGGCGAGAUAACUUACGCCGAAUUAUGUUUAACACGCCCAACAACUUUGUCAACGUUAGCAACCGACACGAAGUUGACAAGCAUAAGUGGCGUUGGUGGUUUAAGUACUAUUCAGGGUUACGGAAGCGGAGUAAUCGUAGGCGGUAAGCCGUACACAAAAGAAGCGACGAUUUAUGCUUGCAUAGACCACAACGCGAGACCGUCGAAAGUUGACGUCUCCAAUGGAUCGUCGUGUGCGCCAACACCUUUGUCUACGAAGGGUGCAUUCCAAGACUUCAACGUCUCGACGAUGAGUGGCAAGCAUCAUCCAUCAAUAGAAAUUGUCACCGUUCGCACACCGUUAAUUUCGACUCAAGAGAGUUGCGUAUAGGGAUGCGAUUCUGACGCGCUUAACGUCAACGAGUAUUAUGUUUAACGCGAAUAAUGCUGUGAUGUGACGCGCGUCUAGCUGCUAAAUGAGAUUCAAUAACCGUUUGCCCUACUAUAAGGCGUAUAAGCUCUUUGGUGUGCGAUAAAGGUGUAAAGUAGUCAAAAUGAAAUCAAUGUCAGACGAACUGAUCAGUUUUAAAUUAUCGAAUAUAAACGACGGUAGUGAAGGAAUACAACGGAACAAUGAGUGUUCUUACUAUAUCAAUAAUAAACGCGUGAAGAUAAUGUUAGUUUUUAAAUUCUCGAAAGAUAUUGAUCAAUUUAACCUGAAUUUGAUCGAUAAGACCGAUUUGAACAUCUCAAUACAUAUAACUUAUCCCAUGUAAAGCUAUAAUAUUCUUUAGUUACCGGUAUGGAGAAGUAUGGAUGCGGGAAACGUUAUCAGUAUUCUUCAGAAAUUAAUGCACACCUGGUGUCAGUAAUCUGUACCAUUUACGGGGAAUACAGCUCCGUUCGCGCCAAAAUGCUUUUAAAACAUUUAACGUCAAUUCGAUUAAUGAUACAAACUUGAUGUACUGGUUGCCAUCUACCAGGAGCAUCUUCUCUACCCCUAAUUGAUGGCAACCAGAGUUACAGAUCAACUAGCGGGUUCACCCGGUAACUUCAUCGCGCCCUGUGAGAUACUUAGCAAUUCCACAUUAAACGAAACACCUUGUAUAUUUUCAUCAAUAGUAAGACAUCAUUUGUUUAGACAAAUUCAUGGACCUCGUACGGAGUGAUUUAUCAUAAUACAAAACAUUCAAUUGAAGUUUACAUUCUCAGUCAAUUUAACGCAAACCCACUAGCCGGUCCGUUAUUCGGGUUGCCGUCUACCAGGGGCAUCUUCUCCAACCCUGCUGUAUGGCAACCAGAGUUACAAAAUCGACUGACAAAUUCACCCCUCGAAUUCACUGAAGCUUCUUUUAUAAAAGAACCUUUCUUAGUGUAACGUGUCGUAUUCCUCUCAAACGGCAGACAUCACUGACUCCAAAUGUGCAUGCUCUCGUUAUGUUAAUUAAACAACUUUCUUAGUAACUGAAGAAUCAAUCGGAACCAAUCGAUUUCACCUGAAAUAAUAAAAUAGUUUGAUGAUGUCAACAUUUUUUUUGUAAUAUAUCAUUAAUGUUUACGUAUGACACGUGCGUUGUUGAAUAUGGAUGAUACGGAAUUUUUCACUUUAAUCAAAGUGGCUAAAUUUAUUACAUACGUUUGUUGCGGUUAAGGAAAAGAUUAAAUAUUAUAAGAAAGAAAAGAGAAGUGUAAAGUAUACAGAGAACAUAAUUAGAAUGUACGAUACAUGGUUUACUAUUUUCUAUUUUCUAAUCGAUUCUCCAUAUUUGUAACUAAUUUUCAUUCGCACAAUCUUCGAAUACUUCCAUUGCGUCGAUCUUCACAGGUAUCUGAUUAGAUAUUUUGUAUUUCCAUUGUAUACCUAUCGUUUUCUAAUUUAAUUCUAUGUGUAUACACCUGGUAACAUUAAUUCGUGACACGUGAGGAGCCAAUAACUCGAUUCACGUUACUCUCUUGUGAUACUAUAUCAAUGAACGGUACUAUAGACAGGUCUAAGCGUCUACUGUUGUAAACAUCCACUUUUUGAAAAAUACUAUAUUUGAUUCAAAAAGUGGAUGUUCUUCUCUAUGCACAUAAAGUGUCCAGACCUGUGUUAUGUUCUAUCUAGUAGUAAAAAAUGUUUACUCCUAAUCUCACCGCCUGAAGCACAAGGUCGUUUAAUAUAAGAUGUGGAGUAAUGUGAAGCGAGUUAGAUAAAAUUAGAGGGAUGAGGACUGCUAACAAAAACACAUGCUUUUGCAGACAUUUAUACUGGAUGCGUGAGACAAGAAGAGAUGGAAGUUGGAAUGAGGUAUGGAGUGAACCCUUGCGAGAAAUAGUAGAAUUAGUAAUGCCUCUGUCGGUAACUAACGCUAACUGCUGGCGUGAUCCAUGGUCGAUACGUCUAAUGAUUUACCAUAUGUUUACUAUGCUUCAGACUAUAGGAAGGUGCAAGGUUACAACACUAGAUGGCGUUACUACAACUUUUAAAUCGUCUAAUUUAAACACCUUUUAAAGUCUAUUGAUCAAUCUAGUAAAAAAAUUACUUAUUAGGAACGUAUAAACUAUACAUGCAUUUAUGAUAUGAAAACAAGAUUCCAUUAACACCUCUGUGAUAUAUUAACUUUCACGUAAGUUAUCAAAUGAACAAAAUAGUCUUUCAAGUAAUCAAUACCUUCUAUUGGCAAAACAUAAUAUUUUUACCAAAGUUAAUUACAACAUUGUACCUGCCAUCUAGUAUUUUAACUCCACAACUGGAUGCAUACCACAAUGAAUGAAAUGCAUGUAGUAUUAACUAACAAAUUGGCUCCUCGCAUGGUAAGUGUGAGUGUUACUGAGGACAUAGUUCUCAGUCUAUGGGAAAUUUCUGUCGUUUUCUUUAUUCGACCUUUACAAUGUCUCAACGAGAAGCUAUAGUGAAAUAAAUCUAUACUUUACUUCUGACUGUAAUAUAGAACUGUGCAAUUUUACAGAAUUUUUAUGUCUGAAAAUAUUCAGGACUAAUCAAAACAGUUCAAUGGUGCCAAGUGAGGAAUAUGUAAAGGUAGACUAAUUACUUCCCAACCAAAGUCAUCAAUUUUUUUUAAUCACAAUUUUUGUAUAUACAAUACAAUGUUUAUAAUCAAGAUUUGUGUUUGUAAAAAUCAAUCUCACUUUUGUCAACCAAUGCAGGAUUUCUAUUCUCAAGUAUUUAAUUUCGUUUAAGGGAAAUGUGAUUCAUAUUACGCUUCACCUUUUCAAAUAGCCUCUUAUUCCCGCGCGUGACCACGUAUCAUAACCACAUAUCAUAACCACGUGAUCGUAAGUGUAGCUGCGCGACAUACCUGCGCAGAAUCACGCAAAUGAAUGAACAUGCGCCAACUGCGGGAUUACGUGCUCGAACUUUAUAGACUUCUAACCUAACUUUUAAUGUAGAUGCGACAAUUGCAUAAAUCUUGAUGAAGAAAUAACGCCUAGUAAGUAGUUUAAGUUCUAUGAUAUUUAAAAUGAAGUAUAAAAAAAAUAUUGUAUAGUGUAUAUAACCUAAUAUCACGCAGUCGGCAGCAUAGUGAAUUAUUUUACAUCGAGAGUUUGAUAUAAGUACUAAUUUGUGGUGAAACUCAGGUUUUACCAUUUGUUCAUUUCGAAGUCUGUGGUUUACAAUAUACAGACGAACUCGAAUUUCUGUCAGCAUUCUUUAUAAAUUGUUAGAAACCACAGAUGGCCUUCCACAACAUGAUUAAUUUUUAUAAAAUGUGCAACACUAAGCACAGUUUGUCUGUAUAUAGGCAACUUUAUUCCAUAAAAUUCCACAAAGGAACAUUCCAUCUUUUAAGAAAUCAUUGUUUUACAAAAAUUUAAGGGGAUAAAAACGACAGAACUUUACCACAGACUUAAUAUAUUUCUAACCAAAAUAUCACUUUAUUUAUAAACUUUUCAACCUUUAUUAUUUAGUUUUCAUAUAUGAUCAUGAAAUAUCACUACAAUUGGGCUAAUUUUAAGAAGUCUUGUGCAUUACAAUCUUGUUUGUAAAUAUGUGAUUAAAGUAAUGUAAAACUGCGAAAACUUUGAAAAAAGUAACUAGUGACAAUGUUUGGUAGCUUUUUUUAAGAAGCAUACACACCUAGGUUUUGAAUUGAAGUGUAUAAAAUAUAAAUCAGGAUUGAUGUGUAUAUGAAUGGGUCGUACCAAUCAUGACUUUGUAAAAAAAAUUCAAGUUCAUGUAUCAUAAUAUUUAAGUUGUAUUGUACGCGUAUCAGAUUUUGUUCGCAAACGAUACAAUAAAAGACAAGUUUUCAGAAUA